CCCGCGGAGGAAGGACGGGCUGCAAGAUGGCGGCGCCGGAGGAGCGGCUCGUGUCGGAGGGCGAAGGCGGCGCCCCGGGCUCGGCGCGGCUCUCCCCGGCCCCGCUGCCGGAGGCCGCCGAGCCGCUGGCGCCCAUGGAGCCGCCGCCCCAGAGCAACACACUCAUGGGGCUGCCCAUCGUGGCUAUCGAGAGCAUCCUCAGCUUCCUGUCCUACGAUGAGACGAGCCAGCUGCGCUUGGUUUGUAAGCGAAUGGACUUGGUUUGCCAGAGAAUGUUAAAUCAGGGAUUUCUGAAAGUGGAAAGAUACCACAACUUAUGUCAAAAGCAAGUUAAAGCUCAACUUCCAAGACGGGAGUCAGAAAGGAGAAACCAUUCGUUAGCUCGCCAUGCAGACAUCCUUGCUGCUGUGGAAACAAGACUCUCUCUCCUAAAUAUGACUUUCAUGAAGUAUGUGGAUUCCAAUCUCUGUUGCUUCAUACCUGGAAAGGUAAUAGAUGAAAUUUAUCGAGUGCUAAGAUAUGUAAACUCUACAAGAGCUCCUCAGAGAGCUCAUGAAGUUCUUCAAGAACUAAGGGACAUUUCCUCCAUGGCUAUGGAAUAUUUUGAUGAGAAGAUUGUUCCAAUACUGAAAAGAAAGAUGCCUGGGUCAGAUGUAUCGGGACGUCUAAUAGGAACUGCCCCAGGAACUUUAUUAGAAUCAUCAGUUCCAAGCUCAGAUUCCAGUAUGGUUUUAGUGCUUAGGAGGAGUGAUUCUAAAGAAGCAUGGAAAAUAAAUUCCUUUCUUCUAAAAUUUCCAGGGCCUUCUGCAGCACUGACCACAAUGCAGCUGUUCUCCAAGCAGAGCCCUUCCAGGCAGGAGGUCACCAAGCUGCAGCAGCAGGUGAAAGCCAACGGCACGGGCCUGACGGCGCUGAAGCGGGAGAUCUCGGAGCUGCGCGUCAAGGUGCAGGAGCAGCAGAAGCAGCUCCAGGAUCAAGACCAGAAACUGCUUGAGCAAACCCAGAUCAUUGGGGAACAGAACGCCCGCUUGGCCGAGCUGGAGCGCAAGCUGCGGGAGGUGAUGGAGAGCACAGUAGGGAAUUCUUCAGGUUCCGGCUCAAAUGAACAAUCUCCCAGGAAAAGGAGGAAGGCGGUGGAUUCCACAGACUGUCCUAGGAAAUCUAAACGCCUUCGGAACAGAAAAUAACUGGGGAGGAAAUGGCGCCUUCAGGAGGAUACACUGCUCUAGUAGCCCAAGCAGGCCUGCUUGUGUGGGUACUGUGACCAGCUUCAUGGUGUCACUUAGGCUGCUGGCUCUUCAAAACACCACUUAGACUUGAACAGUGAUUUUCUUUCAUUGACUUUUCCCCUGCUUUCUAUAUGGGUGGGCCUAAUGCACAGAAUCUUUAAGAUUUGCAAUAGCUACAUACUAACCAGACCUGCUCUGUUAUGUUUUGAAGGGUUAACCUUUUUUUUUUUUUUGUGCAGAUGUGUCUUAAAGUAAACUUAUUUGUGUUUAUGCAUAUGUUCACAUGAAAUCUUAAAUAAAUUGACUUAACUGACUAAAUGGUUAAGAGUGAAAACAGAUGUCCUGUUCACUUGAAGGGAAGAUCCGCUUUUAAAACCUUGUUUUUGAGAACUUGACCUUUUUUGUUACAAGUGACCUUGUCUGGAAUGUCUGAAAAGUAGUUAAUACUUUUUGGGGUUCUCUGUAACGAGUAAAACUGACUUCUUAAGCUACAGUAUUGGCUAUAUAUUUUUGUAAACUUCCACGGAAGGGCCUUCUAUCCAGUCUUCACAUGCACACACCCUGGUUCUAGGUCUUGGGAGCCAUAUUCUACAUUUGCAUGGAUAGAUGCAUGUACAGCUUAGUCAGCCUGCCAAAAGCACUUGCCUGAAACUGUUCCAAACUCUGGGAGAGAGCACAGAGACCUGUCAAGCAAUUCCUUUGUUCCUCAGCCAUAAGUCAGUCUCUGCUUUCAGCAGGGUCUGGGGAGGCAGGAGGCUUGAGCCCGGGCUGUGUGGCUGCCACCCGCCCUGCCUGGAGGGCAGGGAUCUAUUGUUAGCCAAAGCUGGAGGAUGGAGAGGCUGCCUGUGCAUCACCCGGGCCAUGGGCCAACACCGAACACCUGCAGACUGUCCCUGGAGUCACCAAGCUCUGGGGACAUCAUUUGAGUGAAAUGCUGUAUUAUGGUCAAACUUAAACUAUUUUGUGUGUCUGUGUUGGGGUUGGGGUGGAAAUUUCUCUGUAACACUGAUGACAAUAUUCUAAGCUUUCCUUAUCCUAAAAGGUAAAUCACUUCAGACAGAGCUUUAAUUUCUUUUGCACUUCUGUUUUGAGCUUGUAACUGGAAAAGCAUGUCUUGCACUGUUCAGUCUCUCUGGUCACUUUAACCACCUCAGAGUUGUGUACAGUGAUUAUUCCCCCUCUGCCAUCUGUAUAUUUUUGGAAUCUUAUACAAAUACCAUUGUCCUUGGUUUUGUUUUAAUGUACUAAACUAUGUAGCUUUAUAAUUUGACUUAUGUUUUCUUUUUUUAACCAGCUGCUGCUUUGUCUUUAGGUGGUUCUGAAUUCCACUUGGUAUGGCACUGAAAAUGCAAAUGCUGCAUUUUGUAGCUGUUCACAAUCUCAAUAUUACUGCUGUGGGUUAAAGUGCAAGUUCAUUUUGUAUGGCUGUCAGCAUAAUCUAGUGGCUGUAUUUAAAGCACCAAACAAAUCAGAAGUUGUCUGGUCAGGUAUUAUAUAAUCAUGGUAAACUGACAUUUUUCCUGAAACUUCAGCUGCAAUUUUUACUUCUAAAACAUAGUAGCUCAUACCAGAAGUAACAUUACAAAUGUCUAAUAUUUGACAGACAUUUAGCUUUCAAAUAAACUUCUCAAGUAGUUUGAGUUCUUUCAAAAAAAAAAAGGCAUUUUUCUUAAUAAUCUAGGAAAUUAUAAAAGGCUGUCUGAGAGCAGACUUAAACUGCUGAAGGAGCACUUGCUUUUACUGGUUUAUACAGCUCAGAAUGUUUUUUACAGGUAAGUCUAUCUUGGAGAUAGAUACCUGCUAUUAAGCUGAAAAAUAUUGGCAUAUACCAUAACUUUUAAAAAACAAUUUUGACUCAAAAGGGUCAGCAUGAUAGCUGGAAUUACCAUGUGAUACAAGUUCACUGAAUGGUUAUUUGUGAUAAAAAAUUCCUGUAAUGGACUAAUUACCAGCUUCUUGUGGUUAAAUGCUUCCAAACAAGUAUGAACUUGUGAAUUUCAUUUACUGAAAGGGUUUAUUCAUACAUUUUGAAUAUUUUUCACUUCAAUUUCUUUAUUAAUUUCUAGAAUAUGCAGACAAUUUCCCCCUCCCCACCAUCUCAGUGUACAAAUUGUUUCAGGUUACUCCAGAGUAGCAUUUCUGGAUGUGUUGGGGAAUCUCUGGCUGCUCGUAAAGGGAGCUGGAAAACAACAGCCAGUUGUUAUGGGAAGUGUUCUCUGGGAACUGUGCCAGCUUGGAACCUUCAGCUCAAGGAAGUAUCAUGUGCUCCAGGACUGCAGGUGCAUCCUGCUCCUCCGUGUGCUGCCAGUGAAAUGGAAUAAGGCCCGUGAAACUUCAGGGGUAGAGGGGAUGGUUACAAGGCAGCUCUGAGAAAUUCCACAAUAAAGGUACACCAGUGUUUUCUAUUUCACAUCCCACAGAGGGAAACAUCAGAUGGCUCUUGGCUGGAGUGUACACCAGACAAAUAUACACGUGUUAAAAAACCAGAAUGAAGUAAUUGUUUGGACAAAAUAGCUGGAGCAUUAAUUUCUGACACCGUAUUGUCCCUUGUUAAAUAAAAAGGAUAAAUUUUGCAAUAUGUGAACAAGCUGAUGAAUCACCUGAAGUAAAUCUCUUUUCACUCUCAAUGCCUGUGCACAUUUAUGUGAGUUGGUGUAUCAGCCUCGAAGUAGUGUUGGUAGUGAUUGGUGAUUGUAUCAUCUGUUAAGGGAGAGCCUUAAAGCAGUGAGACUGAGAUGUAGUUUGCAAAAUUACCUGAGAAAGUGAUUUAUUUGCAUCUACUGUUUUAGUACUUGUGUCAAGGGCUGAAAAUGAAAGAGCUGUCAGGGAAAGCAAUUUUAAGUGUCUUAUAUCUAGUUUCUUAACUUAAAACUACUGAGGCCAGCUUUACUGCUUUUCUAAAAAUAGCACUUGCUUAGAAACUGCUUUUUGUUUCAUAGUAAAGUUGGGGAUUUUUAAAAUCAAUUUGUGUACCUAGUGAACAUGGUGAAAAUAAGAUGAAAAGAUACCAUAGUGGUAUUUUUUGAGGGAAAAGCUGUUUGUGACAAGGUCUUGCUUCCCAAACUGAACAGCUGCUAUGUAACCACAGUGUGUAAGGACCCUCCAGACCUGGGCUAAUGGAUGUGGAAGUGCUGGAGGAAGAAAGAGUACCUGCAGAUUUCACAGAGUAAAGAACAGAUGGAAACAAAUGGAACUUGGUCAGUUCCUGAUACUCAGCAUUGCAUGUUAAUCACCAAAUUCAUUAAUGCUGCAAAGGAUGCCUGCAUGUAACUUCUUAAUGUAAAAGGUAAGAGAGAAUUGAACAGAAACUUGGCUGCUCUUACUCAGAUCUUCUAACAGUGAAUUGUAGGGAACACUAGGGUUGCCAAAGGAAUUUUCAACAUCAAGAGCCUCUUGAAAAUAGGAUGAUGUAGGAUAUAGUGGAAUGUGUGUCAGCACAGGAGAGGAUGUUCUGAUUCCUUGGUGUUCCUGAUGCUUUUAAGAGGGUAAUUAGCAAAUUUCAGUGAUUGUAACUUCAUGAAUUAGUAAAUUCAGUUUGGACUGUUUUACAGCAACAUGUCUGCUAGUUGUGAACUAUUCUGUUCAACUCAAGUUGCAUUUCUGUGCUGCUUUGCACUGUACCUGGGCCAGCUUGCUUGUCCAUGUGCUCUCCACUCUGCAGUUCUCCUGCCUGGAUCUCACCUUCCCCAUUCCAAGGAUGCAGUCCUGGCUUUGGUUCACAUGUAAGUGAACAUUCCAGGAUUCUUGUUCAAGCUUUGUGCCAGCUGAAGACACAGAAGGUACUGGAUCUCACUGUCUC